GCCCCGCCCGCCGGCCCCGCCCGGCCCGCCGCCGCUUGUCCCGGCCCGGCGGAGCGGGGCGCGAUGGGCCCGGGCUGGCGGGCGGCUUCGGCGGCGCUGGUGGGCGGCAGCGUGGCGAUCUUCGCAGCGCUGCGGCGGGCGGCACUGGCCCUGCCCCAGCCCGCCGCCGUGCGGAGCCGCCCCGGCCGCGCCUGGCGCUGGUGGAACCUCCUGGUCUCUUUCGCACACUCCGUGUUGGCAGGGCUAUGGGCCCUCUUCAGCCUCUGGCACUCCCCGGAGCUGCUCUCCAACAUCGAGGACGGCUACAGCGUCUCAGGGCACCUGCUGGUCUGCUUCUCCUCAGGCUACUUCAUCCACGACAGCCUUGACAUCAUCUUCAGCCACCAGUCCCGCUCAUCUUGGGAGUACCUGGUGCACCAUGCCAUGGCCAUCUCUGCCUUCGUCUCGCUCAUCAUCACAGGCCGUUUCAUGGUGGCGGCGGUGCUGCUGCUGCUGGUGGAGGUGAGCAACAUCUUUCUCACCUUCCGCAUGCUGCUGAAGAUGAGCAACGUGCCUUCCCCGGCGCUCUACAAGGCCAACAAGUACGUCAACCUGGUGAUGUACUUCAUCUUCCGCCUGGCGCCCCAGGUUUACCUCACCUGGUACUUCAUCCGCUACGUGGAGAUCCAGGGCCAGGGUGCCUUCCUCGCUGCCAACCUCCUGCUGCUCGAUGCCAUGAUUCUCAUGUACUUCUCUCGCCUCCUCCGCUCUGAUUUUUGCCCCUCCCUACACAAGGGCUCUGCGGGGAGAGAUGUGGAUGGUGAGAAGUUUCUGAUAGACUGAGAUGUGUGCGCUGAGGGGGACCCGGGCUCCGGCUCCUGGAAGUUUUGGGCUCUCCAAACCUGCUCUGAUGUGCCUUAGGGCUCACUCCUUGGCCCCGGGCCCUGCCUUCACCCUCUCUGUAGCCUAAAAGCUCUUCCCUGCUGGACCAGCCCAACAGCCUCACCAAGCUGUGGGGAUGCCGCUGAAGCCAGGGACAUGGCCGAUGGGAGAAGCAGCCCAAGCCGGCUUCUGUGCAGGCAGCUGGGGUGCCAGGGGCAGCUGCAUUUCGCAGCUGGUGGCCUGAGAAGGUUGCAAGGGAAAAGACAAAUCCUUCCCAUGGUGAUGUUGGGUGUUAUGUGCAUUAAAAUCGGUCUAUUUACUGCUGCCGCAGCA